UUGUUUUCGCCAUUCAGAUCCCUCUGCAUAGCUUCGAUCGCACAGUUUCGAUACACUGCUGUUAGUAGCGAGAGAACAAUAAAAACAUAUCAAUCGUUCCAGUAUCGUGUUUUCUUCCGUCUGAGUUACUGAGUAUAAUUUGUGGCUAAAACUAGCAAAUCAACCUUGGAAACGCCUACAAGCCCGUGUUCGAUAGGGUGCAGCAAAAGGGCCAACUUUAACCGACGAUGACCAUCCUGACGAAACCCUUUGGUGAUGCGAAGAAACCAGAGAAGACGGUGUUGCCCCUCGUAGGAGGAGGAGGCUCUGGAAAUACGACUGCUCCCAGCGCUCCGCUAGAUGCUCCCCACGAUGAGGAGUCAAUCGCGUCUAGCAUUAUUCUGAUCCGGCGAGCCCGUCGCAUCUCGUCGGCCACCACAUUUAUCCUGCUUCUGAUUGCCAUGCUGGUGACAUCCCUGGGAAUCAUCGCGGGUGUGCUGUACUAUCGUCAGUAUGCCCACUCUCGGAACCACAUGAGGUUUCACGGUUUCUGUCAGAUUCCGUAUGAUUCCUCCAGCGUAAACAACGACAACAUGUAUUAUAUGAACGCGAUGCUUCGCGACGAUAACAACGGCGGCGUGACUCGGCUCAGUACUGCUCUAGAUCGGUUCGGGCGGAUUGAGGAUCUUUUCAAGCCUUUCCAGAACGAAAUGAAGGAGGUGGAGAAUCGAAUGGAGGAAGCGGAAAAAGCCACCAUGGAUAAUCAAUUUUUCAAGGAAGAAUUCGAGCUGGAUGAAGAUGAAAACUAUUCCAAGAUUAAUGUUCCUGUGUUCCACGGACAGCGUCAGGGACGUUUUCUGCACGAUUUCAGGUUCAACCAGACCGGUAUUAUUGACAAGGACAGCGGACGUUGUUUCUUGAUGACACUGGACCGUACAACCGUGUUGCCACCCAGGUCGAUGCGUGAUUUGAUUGAAAAGAUGUGGAACGGUUACUACAACAUUAACACGGAAACCAUUCGUAAGAAUAUGCGCGUUAUCACUCCAGAGCUGAAAGAUUUGUCCGAGGUUUCGCCGAGAAUAACGAAGGAAUGCGAGGAUAUGAAGAUGUACCGGUUGGAGAAACUCGUUUCCGGAGUUUUUAAGCGAUCUGCAGAGCUGCACGAGCACGCUAAGUUCGCCGAGUUUGGCGGCAAUUACAUCUCGGUGAUUGACAUCCAAAAUCUGGAAGACAUUGCCAACUAAGAGAGAGAGAGAGUUCCACGCUGGGAUCCUUUUGAAUGGGCGAUUGCCCCAAGCAGCACAAUAAACGAAGUAAAACCAAAUUUAUUUCACCGAGUGGAAGCAACAUCCCUAAGUGAAAGAUCUUUUAGAAGCACUUACUACUAUUACUACUACCAUAUGAAAUUGAUUUCUUUUUCAAAACUUGUAAAAAAACGUUAAUUUGUUACAUACAGAAAUGGAGAAAUAUAUUUUACUUUCCAUUACAUAUAGACACAAUAUAAAUGGAUGCCGAGGAAACGAGCAGCGAAUAGUGGUGUGAUGUAGUAAAAUUGGUUCUUUUAUGAUAAUACAAAAAACAAGGAUUUGAAGACAAAAAAAGACAGUAAAACGUGGAUUAAACAUAUAGAAUACCUUUGCAGCGAAGCUAUAUUUUUAAAACAGUAUUUGAAUCGAAUAAAAUUAUAUGAAUAUUCCUUUAAUCCUACUCAAAAUUUGUAUUUCACAAUUUCUUUGCAGUAUACUCAUGUAGGAUUUACGUGGUAAUUCAUUUUGUUGUGUAAAAUUAAGUUUUGCCAGAAACCAGUAUCGAUAAUUAAAGAAAAUGCUGAUACUGUAUACCUGUUAUGUACACUCUGCAUAGAUGAACGUUUCUGUUUCCUAGAAUUUAUUUCCCAGGAUUUUAUUUUGCAGUUGCAAUUUCACAAUACUUGGCCUAUGAAGAAAUAUUUGUGUGAAAAAAAUGGUAUUUCGUUACGUUGACGAAUUGUCUUAUCGGGUUGGUUUAACUUGGAAAUAAAAGCAGUUCAAGAAAA